CAAAUUCGCUCACUUAUAGCACGACCAUGAAGCCCGGAAGAAGCUACUCCAUUGUUAUCCUCUUCGUACUGGUGUACCUUGCGAACCAGUCAGCAGCCCAAACAGUAAACGGAACUAACGCAACGCUCCUACCAAGGAACAUGAACGGACCUGCCCUACUCAGGAAUUUACGCGAGUGCUCAUGCCCCUGGCCAGGCUUGGUAAACCGUCAGGCGUACGAUAACUGCACAAUGAAAGCCAAUUCUUCGUCGGGUGUGAUUUUCAAACGCAUGUGUCGGUUCGACUGUGCGAUGAAAUAUAUGUCAUAUCUCAAUGGAACCACCAUGAAUUACACGUUUCUGGCAACUAGAUUCAAGGGUGCAGCCAAGUCUUUGAGCGCUGCGGCUGACAACGCAACGAGUUAUUGCGCUUCCUACGUGGAAAAUUUCAACAAUUCGAUUCCGAUUCCACAAGCUCCACCGGGUGUCAGCGUCUGUAACCCAAAGGGUUUGCUUGCCUGGGUGUGCAUCAGACAGCAGUUCGUAAUUCAAACUUGCAAUAUCUCUGGAAAAGAUCCGAAAUGUGCUGAAAACUUCGCCAGGUUGAAAACGUUGACGCCGCUCAACCUUUUGCUCAACUAGCGAGACCGACAAAAAAAUGUUUGCCAGAAAAUAAACACACACAGUUUCAUUCAAUGCUUA